AUGGCAAUGUCUGUGAUCCAAGCGUGCCGCAGCCUGGCGCUCUCAACAUGGCUGCUGUCCUUUUGUUUCGUGCAUCUGCUGUGCCUGGACUUCACCGUGGCCGAGAAGGAGGAGUGGUACACGGCCUUCGUCAACAUCACCUACGCCGACCCGGCGGCCGGCAGCGCCGAGCUCCGCAGCGAGAAGAGCGAGUGCGGGCGCUACGGCGAGCAGUCGCCCAAGCAGGACGCCCGCGGGCUGGUGGCCCUCUCCACCUUGCCCACCGAGCGCGACGCCUGCGACCCCGGCACCCGCUUCAACACCCCGGCGCCGGGCAAGAGCUGGGUGGCCCUGAUCCCGCGGGGAAACUGCACCUACAAGGACAAGAUCCGCCACGCCGCCGCCCAGAACGCCUCCGCCGUCGUCAUCUAUAACAUGGGCUCCAGCAACGCCAACGAGACCAUCACCAUGCCCCACGCAGGCCUAGAAGAUGUUGUAACAAUAAUGAUUCCUGAACCCAAAGGGAAGGAGAUAGUGAGCCUCCUGGAGAGGAACAUUACUGUGAUGAUGUACAUCACCAUCGGGACACGCAACCUGCAGAAGUACGUCAGCAGGACCUCGGUGGUGUUUGUCUCCAUCUCCUUCAUCGUGCUGAUGAUCAUCUCCCUGGCAUGGCUGGUCUUCUACUACAUCCAGAGAUUCCGCUACGCAAACGCCAGAGACAGGAAUCAGCGCCGGCUGGGAGAUGCUGCAAAGAAAGCAAUCAGCAAGCUGCAAGUCAGGACCAUCAGGAAAGGUGACAAGGAGACUGAGCCAGACUUUGAUAACUGUGCUGUUUGUAUCGAAGGCUACAAGCCCAAUGAUGUUGUCAGGAUAUUGCCUUGCAGGCAUCUUUUCCACAAGUCCUGUGUAGACCCCUGGCUGCUAGACCAUCGUACCUGCCCGAUGUGUAAAAUGAAUAUUCUGAAAGCUCUGGGGAUUCCGCCAAACGCAGACUGCAUGGAUGAUAUACCUCCAGACCUGGAAGCAUCCAUAGGAGGGGCACCCACCAACCAGAUCACGGGGGCCAGUGACAUAACCGUGAACGAGAGCUCGGUGGCCCUGGACCCGCCAGCCCGUGCCCUGGGAGCGCUGCAGGUCAUCCACGACGUCGACUCCUUUCCCCAGCCUGGAGAGGGCAACUUCACAACAAGCAAUGAACAGGAGCCAGCAGUCAGCAGUGAUUCAGAUAUUUCAUUGAUUAUGGCCAUGGAGGUUGGACUGUCUGACGUGGAGCUUUCCACUGAUCAAGACUGCGAAGAGGUGAAAUCUUGAAAAACCAGAGCUCCAACACAAAACUGCAGGGGAGGGUCACAGGUAGGGACAGAGCCAGCUUUCUAGGAUUUGGACCAGUCAUGCACAUGCCUCCAGAGCACUGUCACUCCUGCACACUCCAUCCUGGGAUGGCCGUGAGAAGCAAUAGCAGCUGUUGUGCCUGCCUGGAUGUGGUUUCAUCAUCUACACCCUUCGUUUGGCUCCCGUGGGAGAUGGACACUUCCAGUUCACCCACGUGCUUGAGAGCAGUCAUGGAAUUCUCCAGGGGCUCAGAAACAUGCAACUGAAAUGACAGCUUGAGUGUUUUCUACACCUGUUCAAUCAAACUUUUGUUGGGUUUUUUGAAAAGGCAUACAUUUAUUUUAUUUGUUUGUUGGUUUAUAGUUUGCUAUGAAUGGACACUCUGUUUUUAUUGACUGACCCCAGCUUUUUCAAGAGUUCAGUCCAGAAAUCUGAAUUCAUGUUCACUGGUCACUUCCUGACCUGAGCAGGAUUUAUCAUUGCCUUGUUGUUUCUGCAUGAAUUACACGUGGCUGGCUUCUGAAGGAUGAUGCACCAGCACUCUGCAUUAAUGUAACACCUGCUUUCAUUAAGUGGAAGGCUUGGAAAUGGUAUAUUCUGAAGGCUUUUAUUUGUAAGAGAGCUCUGAAUUAGCAGAAAUUUGGGUUAAAACGCCAUUAGUUUGUCUUUUACUUAGAGCUCUGUUCUAGACAAGUAUUGUACAGAGUGAAGGAGAGAAAGAAAAUUUAAAGCAUCACUCUGUCCGUGUAGACCUGUCCUGUAUUUUAUGCUAUUCACAGGUGUCAGUGCAUUAGUGUCCUUCCUUCAAGUGACAAUUCAGUAGUUGGAAAAAAAGAUCUAGCAUAACAUCAUUUCUUUUCUUCAUUUUACAGACCAAAACCAGAUCAGUGGGCUAAAGGAGCAUCUGAGAGGUUUCCAGGGGCUGCUUAUUAACAGUUCUGCAUUCAGUGGGUGACUGUAUUCCUAGAAAGGGUCUGGAGAUGCUGCUAUCAGUGUCAGAAAUUGCUAAAGGAGCAAGAGGCAGUCAUUUGAAAUGUUCAAUUCCUGGUUAGCUUUGGGUCUUUUCCUUUAGUGUGCUUCAUUUCUUUCAUUUUGACAGCAGCUUUUGUCUGCUUGUUGUCUAACAAGAGUUCAGGUGAUUUGUUGCCCUCCAGAGUCCCUCUCAAUGUUGUCAGAAGCAUAACAGAAUUUUUGCUAUUUGUGUACAGGUACAUAUACCAAAAUAUAUUGGGGAGGGAAUUUGCUGAGGGAAUUUGAGUACAAAAGAACUAACAUAAAUCAAAACAACUAAAUAAUAAUGACCUGACAUAAUAAUUUAUUUCAUCCUGAGCUCUGCUUUCCAGGUAAGAGCUCAUUGUUAAUUGUUCAGUGUAUGAUUUGGUUUUUCAGUCAAAAUACUCAACUGUGAAGAAGCUUACUGUUACACAGGAGUACAUAGUUUCUGCUGAGAGUCAGAUGAUUUCAAUCACAUUACUGCCUCCUGAGUCAGUCCACAGAAUCAACAAUUCAUCUUACAUUGAAAUUUCAUGCAGAGGUCAAAUAUUUUGACUUGGCAGGGUCAUGGCAGCAUCUCAAAAUACAACUCUUGGGGCUCACUGCAUUUAAUCUCCUUGUGGAUUUACUUGUUAAAUGUGAAAACUAGCUUCCAUCCAAAAUUUGUGUUUGUCAGAUUUUAUUCAGGAGCAAGUGUGUUUAGAACUGUCCCUAAAAUUUUGUCUGACUUGCUUCUUUAGUACAGAAAGAAGGAAAAAAUAUUCUCCG